CAGAAUUUGGGAAGGGGUCGACAAAGCCCAGCGAAAACAAGUCGAGUCAUGGGAUCCGUCGAAAACCAUAAUCAUCAUCAUGGCACUGGGCGGUCAGCAUCUAUUCAAUAGCAGACACAAUGAGACCGGGACGGACGUCAAGCUUUCCCUCUCCGGCAUCUCAGACAAAAUCCACUAUGUCGCCCCAGUCUCCGAAGGCAACGGAAAAGGGGCAAAAUACGCACCCCCUAUGGUCGCAUUCCUCAGAUGCGAAGACUCAGACACCCGCGACACCAUCCUCCAAGAGCCGUUCAUCG